AUGCCCACCCGCCCGCAAAGCGGGCGGCACUCGGCUAGUUGUUUAUCUGAUAAAGUAAGAAAACGCCACUUUUGCCCAUCCUCAGCCAAGAGACGCGGUGGUCGUCAACCUUCGCUCGGUAUUGCCGACUGCGCACGUUUUGUUUCGGCGGACGACGACGAGCUCGGCGGGCUUAUCCCCAGCCGCGCCACCCACCGCGCGCUGGAGCAGCUGCUGGACACACUGCGGGACGUGGAAUCCGUUUCCAAGAAAUUGCAGUCCGAGUCGUUGACAAUGGUCGACGCUCGGGCUCUUUUUGACGGACUUCUUGAAGUGUUACCGUCAUUUUCGACACACAUUGUCCCGGAUGCCGAGAUCGUACAAUGUCCAGAGUUUGAAACCGCUGCUGUUAAAGUGCUGAUGCGACCAUUUGAGAGAGAAGUGAACGAUGUGAGCCAAACCGCCGGUAUGGAUGGAGUGCGUGAGGACGGCUUUGCCGAUCGGAUUCUCAAGCGGCGCAAGACGCUAACGCCUCGCAAGGCGUACGACCUGAUCGCCAUUAUUCCACCAUCGUCGAACGUCGUGGAACGACUGUUCAGCUCUGCUCGUGCUGCUCUUUGCCACGAGCAUCAUCGCUUGUCACCGAUGGCCCUGAAAAUGGUUCUUUUCCUCAAGGUAAACGAAUCAUACUGGAAUGUGUCGACGGUUACUAGCUGUAUCUAGGCUACAGGCAGUCAGUCAUAAAGGCAAGUAAACACGACGCUGUUUUGUUGCAAUACUUUUUUAUUUAUUGGUUCAAUACAGUUAUUUAUUGUCGCA